AUGGUCUACGACCAGUUCCUUGUGGUGGACUGUCCGACGGCUUACAACGUCAUAGUCGGCCGAACGGCACUCACGGCGAUAAAGGCCCACCUAUCCCUCCACAUACUGCUCAUGAAGUUCCCAACCUGCUACGGCACGGGGGCAAUCAGGGGCGAUCAGGUAAGCGCUCGGAACUGCUAUGCCACGGCGUUGAAAUCGGCAGCCCCCCAAAAGCAAAAAGAAACCUUCACAGUCCCAGGCUUGCUAAACGGCAAUGAACCAGUAGAUGACCCAAGUGAGGAAACGCCCACUCCAGUGGCACAACCUGCCGGGGACCUCGAAACCGUGGCGCUGGACGAACGCCAACCGGAUCGGUGCGUAAGAAUCGGUACCAUGCUGAACACCACCCUCCGUGCCGAAUUCAUCCAGUUCCUUCGGCAAAACUCGGAAGUCUUUGCCUGGUCUUACAACGACAUGCCGGGCAUAUCCCCUGAUAUCAUCAGCCACAAGCUGAGCAUCUCACCGGCAUUCAAACCGGCAAAAGGUGGAUGGCGAAUGUGCCAAGACUAUACCGACCUGAACAAGGCCUGUCUGAAGGAUAGCUUUCCGUUACCACGCAUCGAUCAGCUGGUUGACGCCACUGCCGGUCACGAAUUGCUCAGCUUCAUGGACGCGUACUCCGGAUACAACCAGAUCUUCAUGCACCCUGCCGACAGCGAACACAUGGCGUUCAUAACUGACAAAGGCUUAUACUGCUAUAACAUCAUGCCGUUCGGCUUAAAGAAUGCGGGGGCAACCUACUAG